CAAUCUCGAUUUUUAGAUUUUUUCGGUUUCGGUCCGGUUCGGUACGGUCAUGACAGGGGUUGAAACACAUUCCUCCCCCUCCAUUCGAGCCAAACACGGUGUAAUGAGAAUUACCCGGUAAGAAUUAGGAGUAAUGACCAGAUGGCAAUUCUAGCAACACUGCCGGGCUUCGACCUCUUUUCCAAUCUCCCCACCACCGCGCCGCGGCAGUCUCCCGGCGACUCCCGCCACCGCAGUACCGCGCCGCCAAAACCCCCCAUCCCCGUUCCCAAGUACCCACCUCCUCUAAGGUCCCAAAAGCGUGCGAACAACGAACAAAAACCUCAUCAGGAGCCCAAUCAGAUCCCGGCCUUCUCGAUCGCCACUCUCACCUCCAAUUACCGGAAACCCGUUAAGCCCGGCGAAGUCAUCUCGGCCGACGGCGAUCGCGCCGUCAUCGUCGGCGAGUCCGGCGUUUCCUACCGCCUCCCCGGCGCCCCAUUCGAGUUCCAGUACAGCUAUUCCGAGACGCCUAAGGUCCAGCCCCUGGCAAUCCGGGAACCGGCUGUCUUGCCCUUCGCGCCGCCCACCAUGCCUCGACCGUGGACCGGAAAAGCUCCGGCCAAAAAAUCCAAGCGGAAUAUUAAGCUCUUCGGACCAUUGGAUCCCAAAGAUGGAAACGAUGCCAAACAAUAUCACUACGAAAUGUUGAAAGCUUAUGAGCUUGGGAAGUAUAUGGUGAGGCCGAGGAAUGAGGUAUUGGGGCCGCCAUUAACAAGAGAUGAAAUUAAAGAACUUCUGCAACCUCGAAUAUCUAGUAACAAACAGGUUAAUCUUGGGCGGGAUGGAUUAACCCACAACAUGUUGGAGUUGAUACAUACUCACUGGAGAAGAUUACCAGUUUGCAAAGUACGCUGUUUAGGUGUCCCAACUGUUGAUAUGGACAACAUAUGCCGCUGCAUUGAGGAGAAGACUGGUGGAAAAGUAAUUUACAGAGUUGGUGCUGUGGUUUAUGUUUUUCGGGGGAGGAACUAUGUUCAUCAUCUCCGUCCACAGUUACCAGUGAUGCUAUGGAAACCAGCUGCACCGGUUUAUCCAAAGCUUAUACAGGAAGUUCCACAAGGAUUAACCAAACAAGAAGCCGAUGAAUUUCGAGAAAAAGGGAAAAAGUUGCUCCCUAUAUGUAAAUUAGGGAAAAAUGGGGUCUAUGUUGACCUUGUGAAGGAUGUAAGGGACGCCUUUGAAGUUUCUCCAUUAGUGAAGAUUGAUUGCAAAGGGUUGCAUGCUCGUGACUACAAGAAGUUAGGCGCCAAGCUAAAGGAAUUGGUACCGUGUGUGCUGCUAUCAUUUGAUGAAGAACAAGUGCUGAUGUGGAGGGGAAAUGAUUGGAAGCCGAGACACAAAAAUUAUUCCCAUAUUCGUGUUGCUGAUGAUACUGUCUGCGUAAGAUCUCCAGGAACUAUAAGUGAAGUGAGCCCAAGAAUGGCAACCCUAUGGCAGGGAGCGGUUGAUUCAGGAACGGCAUUGCUGCUAGAUGAGAUAAAUCUUGAACCAGAUGAUCUUUUGAAGAGGGUGGAGGAAUUCGAAGGCACUUUGCAGGCCAUGAAUCACUCAUACCCUGUCAAUACAUUUGGUGGUGGCAGUGGUGGUGGCGGUGGUGGUGGUGGCAGUGGCGGUGGUGGUGGUGGUGAUUCGGACGGGGAGGAGCUUAUCAAUGAUGACUUGCUUGGCGUUGUCCCGGAAUCAGAACUCCCGUUCGGGUCUUUACCCAUUGAUGCAAUAGUUGAGCAAUUUAGUUAGAACAUUUGUCAAUGGUGCCAUUGUGUUGUUAUGUUAGUUAUCAUCUCCAAGUAUGAGUUUGUGUGCUGAGGUCUGUAUAAAGGGUUGGGGGGAAUAGAUAGGUCCAUGAACAAAAAAUGUGUUCAAGUAAAUAGGGAAAUCUUUG